AUGUCGAAGGGCACGCACAGACAUGGUCCAUAUCCUCAUGAAAUUGAGCUUGAAAAAAUGAAAAAAGCACUGAAAGAAGCUGCAAAAUACCCCGGGACUCCUGAAACGAUUUAUGACCGCGUUGCUCCAAGUCACGAAAAAGCUGCAUUAUUGAUGAAGCCAAAACAAGUUCAAAAUAUAAUUUAUGCUGCCAAAAAAAAUUAUCAUAUCAGUGCCAAAGAAAGUUUAGAGCAACAAGCUGAAACUAUAAAACAACAUCCUAAAUUUAAUGAGUAUUUCAGAAUAUGUAUGCACCCUGAAAAUCAACAGGAAGGAACAAUUUUAUUUUUUGCCCAUAAAUCGGCAUUAAACCGGUUGAAUAAUGCAAAAGAGCUUUUUUUUGAUGGAAAUUUUAAGAUUGUACCGACUCAUCCACAGUCAAUGCAAACAUGGAAUAUAUUAAUGCGAGAGCAUGGAGCUGAAAAUACAGAGACAUCUCUAGUUGGUUUUGCGUGGUGCACAAAUGCCAAUCACGGUACUUAUUGCAGAAUUUUAAAUUACUUAAAAGAACAGGCACCGAGAUUGGAGAGUAAUUUAGAAACCAUACACACAGAUUUUGAACAGGCCGCAAUUCUUGCUUUUCAUUAUGUAUUUCCUUAUGUCAGAAUCAUUGGCUGUUGGUUUCAUUUUUCCCAGGCAAUAACUAAUCAUUGGGACGACUGUGAAUUAAUUGAAAAGCUAACAAAAGAACAGAUCGAGCUUGAAAUUGUUCCAAAACGAGCUCCAAGAGAGAUCCUUUAUCUGUGUAGAAAUAUUCCUCUUUUGCCACCUGAAAAAAUUGAAAUUGGUCUAAAAAUUCUCUCUAAUCUCAUUGACAAAUAUAUAGUAUCAUGGCCAGCUUUAGGUAGCUUUCGGGACUAUGUGAUACAUCAAUGGGCUGGUAAAGCCCAUCUAUUGUCUUGUUUUGGGAAUUCAACGCGAACAAACAAUAACUCGGAGACUUUCAACCGUUCGUUAUUAAGAAGGAUUGGAGGAAAAAAUCCAAUACUUAUGAAUUUUCUCAAUAAUCUCCACAAUAUUAUAACAGUGGAAGCCCAAAAUAUGGAUAAAAAGAUUAAAAUUCGAAGGGAAUCAGAAAAAAUAAAAAAUCAUGAAAAAAAUCAACUCAUUUCCGAUUCUCAGAGAGAUUUAUUGUUAGAAAAGAUGGGAGUAGAGGAUUUCUUGUAUCAAGUAAUGUCAGUCAAAACCCAAGAAUCAAUAAUGAAAACCCGAUAUCGAGAAAUGGAGAAUGAAGAAAAAUCAGAAGGAAACUGCGAUAAGGAAAACAAAACAAAUAUCAAUGAGGAAGACUCAUUGAAGAAAUUAAUUCAUACACCCGAAGUGUUACAACCGGAUUAUGGAAGUAUGUAUAAAGCUUUACUUGGUGUACAAUACCCGUUUAUUUAA